UCAGCUGUGAGCUGCACAUCUCCGGCCCCUCGGAGCCCCGUCCAUCCCAGCUCUGCCCGAUCCUCGCCUGCUCUGCUCCUUUCGGGGUUAAACCACGGGGGGAUUCCCCAUGGGACCCCCUUGGUGCUCUGAGCAUCCCUCACACCCAGAUCUUCGGCCCCAUCCUUUACCAUGAAAGCGGCACACGGAGCACAGAGCCGACACCAUGAGCCUCAUGGACAUCAACAAGCUGUUCUCCCUGCUGCAGCCCGGGGAUGAGCAGGAGGACAGCGAGGACAGCGAGGAGCUGAGCAGGGCCGUGUGCCAGGACGAUCCCGAAGCGCUGGCCGGGCUCCUGUCCCAGGACAGGUACAAGAGGCUCAUCAACCGCAGGAGCGGCUGGGGGGUCCCCAGCACCCCCCUGCGCCUGGCGGCCAGCCGGGGCUGCGUGCGGAGCCUGCGGCUGCUGCUGGCCCACGGCGCCGAGGUGGACAGCCUGGACGUGAAGGCUCAGACCCCGCUCUUCGUGGCGGUCAGCAACGGGCACCGCGAGUGCGUGCGGCUGCUGCUGCAGGCCGGCGCCAGCCCCGUGGGCAGCGCCUACAACAACUGCUCGCCGCUGCUGCUGGCCGCCAGGGACGGCCACGAGGACAUCCUGCGGCAGCUGCUGGAGCACGGAGCCGAGCCCAACGUCCAGGCCCGGCUGCCAGAGUGGGCGGCCAACUCGGUGGCCUGCUCGGGGCCGCUCUACCUGGCGGCGGCCUACGGGCACCUGGAGUGUUUCCGCCUGUUGCUGCUGCACGGCGCCGACCCCGACUACAACUGCACCGAGCAGGGGGUCCUGGCCCAGAUCCGCGAGCCCAAGACCCUGCUGGAGACGUGCUUGAGGCACGGCUGCCGCGCCGACUUCGUCCGGCUGCUCAUCGACUUCGGGGCCAACGUGUACCUGCCCAGGGUGCCCGCGGACGGGGCGCCGCGCAGCGAGGGGCUGGAGCUGCUGCUGCAGGCCAGAGCUCAUCCCAAAUCCCUGCUGUCCCAAUCCCGGCUGGCCAUGAGGCGUCUCCUGAAGCAGCCCGGCCGCUCGGCCGCCCUCGCAGAGCUGCAGAUCCCCGCAGUCCUGGCCAAAUACCUCCAGCACCAGCCCUGAUCCCAGCCUGCCCCCAGGGACACUCCAGCUAAAACCUGCUCCAACCCUGGCACUGAAUCGCUGAAAUCCAUGAAAACACUGGGAGUUUGUGGUCGUAAGGUCACUUUUGCUGCCGAGGUGUCUCCAGAAAGCGGUGCCCGUGUGGAAGGGUGGGAAGGGAGGGGGGAGAGAGAACAGGAGCUCCUGGUUUGCAGCAAAGCGAGGAUCUGAUUCCCCUGGGGUUGCCUCAGACCAUCUUUACUGAGGGAUUUUACACCUUCAGCUGAUUUUGGUUGGAGAAAGGGCUGGGAAAAAAAAUGUGGAGGAAUUGUUGGCUGUGAGGAUGGGAGUUCAUCCCAGUGAAGGUGGGGACGCCCUGGCACAGGCUCCCAGAGCAGCUGUGGCUGUCCCUGGAUCCCUGGAAGUGCCCAAAGCCAGGCUGGACAGGA